AUGAUGAUGGAUUCUGUGAGCCGCCUUCUCGUUGUGAUUCUGGUUGGGGUCUCGUAUGUCGUGCAGACCAUGGCUUUGAAUUGUGUUUACAGUAACAGGAGAUGUUCCUGUGAUCCUUCUGUGACGUUCGUGACAUGUAACGAUCUGGACCAAAUCCCACCUUUGAAUACCGGAGGCAAUGUGACUGAAGUUACAAGUCUCACCUUUCAGGGUGGAAAUAUAACCAGUAUUACAAGAAGCAGUCUACCUUUAGGUCUUACUCAAAUAACAAUAAUUGGAAACCCACUCACUAAUAUUUCUGACGACGCCUUAGAUGCAACUGCAGCAACACUACAAUAUGUGUACAUUGAAGGAGCGGAAUUCAGCAACCUACCGAAAGCACUCAAGAAAGUGACUAACCUGACACAACUGUCGAUUGUCGAUACAGCGAUACAAGACUGGGAUAUUGCCACACUGAAAAAACUUGGUGCUACAGUUUAA